AUGGCUCUUGUUAGAGCUCAAGAUGCCUCCUCUUCCGGGAAUUUUCCUUGUCGUUACGAAGUGUUCUUGAGUUUUAGAGGUGAAGACACUCGCAAAACUUUUACCGACCACCUCUAUACUGCCUUCGUCAACUCAGGGAUUCAAACUUUCCGAGACGACGAUGAACUUGAGAGAGGAGAAGAUAUCAAGCCAGGACUGCAGAAAGCAAUCCAAGAGUCACGAAGUUCUGUCAUUGUGUUUUCGAAAGACUACGCGUCAUCCAAAUGGUGCCUUGACGAGCUUGUGUUGAUCCUUGAACGCAAGAGGAUCUCAGGCCAUGUAGUUUUACCAGUCUUCUAUGACGUUGAUCCAUCUGAGGUGAGGAAGCAGACAGGAAGUUUAGCAAAAGCAUUUGCUGGACACCAAAAAAAUCGAUCUUUGAACAAGACAAGGUAA